AUGGAUAUGCAUCAGAAAUUUAUAUGUGACAAGCUAAAGACCUCUGGUUGGGACUUCGUCAAAUAUUAUGAAAAUUCAUCCAGUCUAAUAUCAGGUUACUCAGAACCAAUCAUUUUAGCAGCUCAACAAUAUUUAGAAUUUCAUAUUACAAAAUUAGAAGUCUCUGUUAUCCUGCUAGUACCUUAUGUGGAUUAUAUGAAUAAAAAAUUGAAUCUUUUAAGUGUAUACAAUGUAAUUGGAAUUGUUGAAAAGAAUCGUACAGCCUUUUUGAAUAGUCUCAAGUCUGAGUAUGGAUCAGCGUUAAGUUGUCAUGUUGAUGAUAAAGAAAGGACAAAUUUCAGUGUAAAAUUAGGUUGUUAUGACAACGAUGGAAUGUUUAUACUUAUUAAUGCAUCAUGUGGUCUCUCAUCUGGUGUGUAUACGUAA